GGUUGAAGUUGUCCCCACCCCCGUCUUCUCUACCAACUAAGCCCCGCCCUCUCCACAACGCGGACGUCCACGCUGAACGGACGUCGCUCGACUCUCUGGGAAAUGAUUUACUAGUUUUCAUCUACGGACCUGAAACUUUCUCUCCAGUGCUCAGCGUUGUGACGCGACCUUCUGCGGGUUGGAGUAAUGCUGCUGGCGGCACUGUUGUGAUCUUUGUUGCUGUGGUUUCCAAGGGAGCAAGACAACAGCAGGCAGAAAACAGUCAAAUUGGAAGAAGAUGACUUCGCCAUCAACCACUCACAGCGACGGCAGCAUCUCCCCAAAGCAUGACAGGAGCCAGGAUAACUGGGAGAUUGUGGAGGGGUGGAGGGGGAUCCCGGCCAACAUCCAGGAGCCCCAAAGGCAGGAGGGCUUCCUGCUGAAGAGGAGAAAAUGGCCCAUGAAGGGAUGGCAUAAGAGAUACUUUGUGUUGGAGAAAGGUAUCCUGAAAUAUUCGAAGGGAGAAACCGAUUCAAAGAAAGGGAAGAAUCAUGGCUGCAUUGAUGUCGGACUCUCUGUCAUGUCAAUCAAGAAGAAAGCAAUGUGUAUUGACCUUGACACAGAAGAUAACAUCUUUCACCUGAAGGUGAAGUCACCAGAGCUGUUUGAUGAUUGGGUGUCAAAACUGCGACAUCACCGGGUGUUCCGUCAGAGUGAGAUCGCCAUGUACCCUCAUGAGAGGCACCUGUUCUACCCCCACCCCUCUCCCACCCUUAAUGACUCUAUCCGGAAGAGGACUACUCUUACCAAGCAGGCAUCAGUCCAUCAGGCUAAGGUCAGUGCCUGGCUCCACGCCUCCAAGGACAUGGACAAGUGCUGCAGAGACUUGGAGGAAUGUGAGUCCUACUUGCUGGAACUCAACCUGCUGCUGAAAAGCAUGGAGGUCCUCCAUCGUACGUACUCUGCCCCGGCCAUCAGUGCACUACAGGCAUCUACUUAUGACAUCCCCAAGAAGGAGAAGAGACCGAGGAGAUGGCGGUCAAAGAACAGCAGCAAAGAUAUUAAAUCCACACUACAGGUCCCAGGCUGCAUCUCCAAAUCUACUCGCCUCCAUGCAUCCCACCCAAAUCUCUCCACCACUGAGGCCAACACCCAGGAGGCCUGUCCCGAAUCCCCAGACUCGCCCACAGAUGCAUCCCGCCUACAGGAAGACUUCUGUAGGCUUGCCAACAACAUUCACAACACACUGAACUCAGCUUUUAGUGCCCUGUCAGCAGAAAGAGAGAGGCUGAGGCACACCAUCGACAUGCAGGCCCCACCUCCAGCACAAGUCAUGGGCCUGAAGACCACCUUUGACUGUGCGGACGGCUCCCACUCUCUCGUCCACCAGUUGUCAAAUGAGAGCAAAGCGUCCAUCCCGGAGUCCAUGUUGGAGUUCUUUGAUGCUCAGGAGUACCUCCUCUCUUCCUCCUCCUCUGAGAAUGAGGUGUCAGAUGACGACUCCUACAUCAGUGAUGUCAGUGACAGUGUCUCCAUGGAUACCUUUAGCAAUGAGGGAGGCAGUGAGAGACACAACUCUGUCAGCAGUACCGUGCGACUGGCUCGCCGUCGCUCCACCCUGCCCUCUACCAGCCCCACCAGCGGCAGCGUGAGCCUGUGGAACAUCCUCAGGAACAACAUUGGCAAGGACCUGUCCAAAGUCGCCAUGCCCGUGCAGCUCAACGAGCCCCUCAACACCCUGCAGAGGCUCUGCGAGGAGUUGGAGUACAGCGAGCUGCUGGAUAUGGCCAACCAGACGCAGGACCCCUACCAGCGCAUGGUGUAUGUGGCUACAUUUGCAGUGUCUGCAUAUGCGUCCAGCUACCAUCGAGCAGGCAGCAAACCAUUUAACCCCAUCCUGGGAGAGACCUACGAGUGUGAUAGACCAGACAAGGGCUUCAGAUUCAUUGCUGAGCAGGUGAGUCAUCAUCCGCCUGUGUCUGCAUGUCACUGCGAUUCGAAGAACUUUACCUUUUGGCAAGAUGUGCGAUGGAAGAAUAAAUUCUGGGGCAAAUCCAUGGAGAUUGUUCCCAUGGGGACUACCCAUGUCACCCUACCUGCGUUUGGGGACCACUACGAAUGGAACAAAGUUACUUCCUGCAUCCACAACAUUCUGAGUGGCCAGCGUUGGAUCGAGCACUACGGAGAGAUGGCCAUCAGAAAUGUCAACAGUGACACCUGCCUGUGUAAAGUCACAUUUGUCAAGGCAAGAUCAUGGAGCUCUACAGUGAACGAGAUAGAAGGCGUUGUUACAGACAGAGAUGGAGGAGUUAUACACUCCGUAUUUGGAAAAUGGCAUGAAGGGGUGUACCAAGGAACUCCACCUUCAGCCACCUGUAUCUGGAGAGCAAACCCCAUGCCAGCAGACCAGGAGCAGUACUACGGCUUCACCCAGUUUGCAGUGGAGUUGAAUGAACUGGAUCCGUCCCUGACAGCCCUGCUACCCCCAAUCGAUACACGUUUCAGACUGGACCAGAGGUUUUUGGAAGAGGGGAAUGUGGAGGGGGCUGAGGAGCAGAAGCAGAGGAUAGAAGAGCUUCAGAGAGAGAGGAGGAAAGUGCUACAGGACAACAACAUGACCCACCUUCCACGCUUCUUCACGAAGUCCAAGGAUGAUACAUGGGUCAGCAACAACACGUACUGGGAACUGCGGAGGGACCCUGGCUUCAGCAAAAUGGACUUUCCUGUGCUGUGGUGACAUAAAGAUUUUAAACCAAUGGUUUUUACGUCAACCCCCACCCCCCCAAACAAACACAUACACACAGCUUAUGGAUGAGAAUGAGGUGUAAAUUUGACCUGGGACCAGCAACUAAGGAUACUGACCUGGUUGACAUCCCUUCCCCUGUGUCUAAGUGACACAGAAUAUAGACUUCCUACUUCCUCUUUCAAGACUUAGCUGAAUCUGUAGAACUGAAAGGGGGGGCUUUUAUGGGUUUUUUUUUUUAUUAUUAUUAUUCCAAACUGCUAAUUUUUUAUUGUUAAUUCUGUGUUGUCUGUCAGGGUACAAGUUGCCCCCCACCCUUAUUUUUUCAUAUUGUAACUAUAAUUUCCAUGGUGUCAGUGUAUAUCAAAUUCAUAUCAUUAUGACUUGUUGCAUCUCAGCAUUUACCAAAGUGCCUUAGAAAAGAGUACUGUACUGGGGUACCGUCUAUAUCGGUUAUGCAGGAACACUCAUGUUAAGAGACUUUAAAAUGCUUCCUUUGGGUGAUUCAAUUAUGUCCUUAUGCUGUCUGACUCAAAUGUGUAAUCUUAUGGGGUACACGAAGGGUAAAUUCUCUUUGGUAUUUGUCUAUUGAGUGAGGUCUGCACACUGAAUUUCUACCAAUAAUUGUUUUUAUUUCUCUUAACUGGGUAAUGUUUUCAUCUAUCAGAUCUACUUCAGACAAAAGGAAGAUCUGAGAGAUCAAUUAUGUUUUGCAAAUUGUAUUAUGUUUUGCAAUUUUUUUUGUCUUGUAUCUAAAACAUUUUUUUCUUGUUGUGCACACACUUGGUUCCUGUUCUGAAGUAUGUGUCAUUGAAUCAAGUGUUGUGACCCCCCCCCCCCCAGAUGUUGUAACUCAUAACUAACCAGAAGGUCUAUCUCCAAAGGAUGGGCUCUGGUUAAAGCCUUGAUGCUGCCUUAUCUCCAUCUGUCAUUAUAGAUGAAAACAUAGCAAUAAUAUACAAUGGGUAACGAGUUACAUUAACUACAUUACAUGACACAUUCAUUUCACAGCUAGAGACAGUCUGUGGAUAUGCCAUAUAUCUUGACUAACUAUCCAGCUCCAGAUGUGGUAUGGUAAAAUCAUCAAGCAUACAGCAACAGAAGACAAUAGUGGAGGCAAGAAGCCAGUCAGUAGCCCUAACAAAAGAAUUAUCAGCCUGCAAGGUGGAAUCAUAAAAUAUGAAUAAAACCUUUGACGCAUACAGGAUCAGUUAUAGCAUAUCCACACACUGUCUAGCUGUACAAGGAAUGUGUUGUGUGAUGUAGUUAAUGUAAGUCAUUACCAUUUAAUGUCUCAUGGUGGACAAUAAACUGCACAAUGAAUGGACAUGUUAUUUGCAAUGUGUGUGUAUACGUGCACAUGUGUGAAUGUACUGCUGCUGUGUAUAUAGGACCAUUAUCUGUACAUCCAAGGGACCACUCCCUGUCCAUUUAGCAAAAAAGUUACUUAUCAUCAAAUGACAUGCCUGUUGUGUAGGGUGUUAGGAUGUGUGUUCUCCCGUUUGGGUUGACUCAAUUCUGGGCCACCAUCACCCUGCUGAAUAGCAUUUUUUUUUUUUACAACAAACCUAUUCGACUGUAUUCAUGAUCUGAUUCAUUCCUUGCCCUUUGUCUAUGAUACUUAGCGAAAGACUGGGUUCAGACUUCAAGUCUAUGUUUUUGCCUCCACCUUGCAAAUGAGAUCAAACAUUACUCCUCUUGUCAGUGCCAAGAGAAGCGAUUAGAAGCCGUUGACCGGCGGAAAGCACCCAGCACCCACACAUCAGAUUUUCCGGGCUCUCUUUUCUCUCUGUGACUGACUGUCCGGGUCUUCCCUGUGGCAAGUCAGUGCGUAAUAUUUAACCGGCCUGCCAGUGGGCUGCUGAUACUGGUUUGACUGAAGAGGGACCGCCGCUCACAGCUGCCUUUCACGUGGUUGGUGGUCCUGCCAUUUCCCACCCAGGCUUUCAAUGCUUCCUUUCAGCCUACAGCACAGUGCAGCUUCAUGUUUAUUGCGGAUUUUUUGAAGUUAUUACUGUAUUGGAAGUAUUUUUUUGGAGAAAGUUGCAUUAAAAAAGUUUC